AGAGAGAGAGAAAGUGAGUGAGAGAGAGAGAGUGCGGGCGAGCGAGGGGGGGUCUUCGCGCAUGAGCCGCCGGGGGCGGUGGCGCUUUGGCUGCGCGCAUCGCGGCGGCGGCGGCACGGGGGGCCCUGCGAAAGCGAGUGAGCGAGAGAGAGAGGGAGAAGCGCGCUGCCCGCCGGCCCGCCCGCGCUGAGCCAUGGCCGAUUCAUACUCCUACAGAGGUGGAAAGAAAGUGGCCAGAUCCAGCAAGACCAGCGCAGACAAAGAAAGCAACAAGACAGAGAUGAAGAUAAAUCCGGCGUAUGAGCAGUCAAGGCUUGGAAAUGCAACCAAUGACAAAACCGAGGGCAAAAGGAAAGGGAGACCAAAGGUGGACAGCCAGGCCCUGAAGGAUAUUCCGCUGCCUUUGAUGAACCAGUGGAAAGACGAGUUCAAGGCCCAUUCCAGGGUGAAAUGCCCCAACUUAGGCUGUUGGCUAGAAUUCCCCAGCAUCUAUGGCCUGAAAUACCACUACCAGCGCUGUCAAGGGGUAAGGAGGAUGGAGGGCGCCAUAGUGGAGAAACGGACCUUCCCAUGCCCAUACUGCGAAGCUGCCUUCACAUCCAAAACCCAGCUGGAAAAGCACUGCCUCUGGAACCAUCUGGACAGGCCGUUGCCGGCGGUGGCCCCUCCAGUGGACAACAAAGUGCAGAGAGGCACCAGCAAGGGCGGGGGCAAGAAAAGAGCUGCCGAAGGUUCAGCUUCCCCCACCAUCCAUCCCAAACAGGCAAAGGUGGAGAAGGCCAUGGCUCUACAGCGCCCCGAGAACGGAGAAUGUGCGGCUGUGAACCAGGGCGUCAGAGACUUCCAAACCACAGCAGCCAGAGGUGGCAGAGCAGCCACUACCCCUGCCACUCAGCCGUCAGGCGGCAAAGGCUCCAAGCAACAGGCGAGCAGGCAGGCUGCUGUGCAGGAGGAAGACCCCGAAAGGAUGAAGCACAGAAGGAAACAGAAAACUCCUAAGAAAUUUACUGGAGAGCAGCCGUCCAUCUCGGGCACUUUCGGACUGAAAGGGUUGGCGAAAGCAGAGGACAAGGCGAAAGCACAUCGAGCAAAGAAACUGGAGGCAGCGCUAAGCAGCAGCAGCAACGAAGAGCAAAAGAAGAAACCGCCAGGAUCCAGCAUGAGAAAGGAUGUGGCACCAACAGCAGCGGCUCCUUCUGCUACGGUGAGCCCGGAGGAGCAGUGGCAGCGGAUGAUCAAUGAGAAAGGAGAGGUGGCCUGUCCGACCUGCAGCAUGAUAACCAGGAAGACGAUCCUCGGUCUGAAGAAGCACAUGGAAGUCUGCCAAAAACUGCAGGAUGCCUUGAAAUGCCAGCACUGUAAGAAGCAAUUCAAGUCCAAAGCUGGAUUGAAUUACCACACCAUGGCUGAACAUGUCAACAAGCCAGUUCCUGUGGAAGCUGCUGUCCCUCUUAGUGAACACGAAGAGCGGGAGAAGUUGAGGAAAGUACUAAAGCAGAUGGGGAAACUAAAAUGCCCUGUUGAGGGGUGCGUGGCUACCUUCUCCAGCCUUAUGGGGUAUCAGUACCACCAGAAGCGGUGUGGGAAGCAGCCAUCUGAGGUGGAGAAACCGGUCUUCACCUGCCCGCACUGUGGAAAGACGUACAAGUCAAAAGCUGGACAUGACUACCACAUGCGGUCAGAGCAUCCAUCUACGCCUCCUGAACAGCCUGAGACAAAGCCUGAAGUCAGCUUGGUUGAGGAUUUUGAGAGGACUCCAAGCGGCAGGAUCCGGCGCACGUCAGCCCAAGUCGCCGUCUUCCACUUGCAGGAAAUAGCCGAGGAUGAGCUGGCCAAAGACUGGACCAAACGGAGAAUGAAGGACGACCUAGUCCCUGAAACAAAGCGGCUAAAUUACACCCGUCCUGGGCUUCCGAAGUUGAAUCCAAGGCUUCUGGAGACCUGGAAAAAUGAAGUGAAGGAAAAAGGACACAUCAAUUGCCCUAAUAAUUGCUGCGCAGCCAUCUAUUCCAGCGUGUCUGGUUUGAAAGCCCACCUUGCAAACUGCAACAAGGGAGACCACUCGGUGGGGAAGUAUCAUUGUCUUCUGUGUCAGAAGGAGUUUAGCUCAGAAAGUGGCGUCAAAUACCACAUCAUUAAGACUCACUCAGAGAACUGGUUCCAAACAUCUACGGAGGCCAUCCAGAAGAAGAAGAGCAGAGAACAGACCGCUCCCAGCAACGAGAAGAAGAAACAAAUCACAGACGGGAAGAAACGGGGGCGGAAGCCAAAGGAAAGGCCUCCAGAAGCUCCCAUUAAAAGCAAAGAGAGCGUUAUAGGAAAGACAAAUCAUAAGAAAGCGACGGGGGGCUUGUGGCAGAGUGCAGACUGCAGCCCUGAGGAGAGAGAGAGAGGUAACAAGCCGCCCCACAGCAAGAAAGGGGGAGCCAGCAAAAUGCCAGAGAAAUAAGCAGUCGUGGGGGAGGAAAAGAAAACUCUCUAAUGAUUAGUUUACAGCCCAGGGACUUGGGGUGGCAACGGGGGGAGGGGGAGGACCACUGCCAGUAUGCUGGGCCCCUCCUCCUUCUGCACAUCCCUUUUCUAAAUGGAAAACCACUUCAAAGCAUAAUCAUGGACUUUUGUUUUCACACUGGACGAGGAUAACAAAACGAGACGGUUGGUAUGAUUCCUCCAUCGAAAACCUCCGUGGAUUGUACAUAAGCCCUGCAGCGGUGUGGGCACCCUGUGGGUCAUGCGCCCUGCACCCAUGGACAGGUUGAAUAAUAAGAUGGUUGCUGAUGGGAGGCGCCCCUCCUCCUCUCCUCCUCUGUCUGCAUUCGAACCUGAUACCGCUCAAGGAGAGGGAGAGAGCAAGCAAACGGGUGUUGCUCCAGUGAUGGGAGAGGAAAGUGCAAUAGGAACCCAGGCGUAAGCUUGUCCAUUCUCUUUUUUUUAAUUAUUAUUUGUGGAUUGCUUUUCAGGUAGCAGUCGUGUUAGGAAAUAGAGCUGGUGGGACUUUUAUGAAUGAAAUUAUUGUUGUGGUUGUGGUUGCAAACCAGCUUUCUUUUAUAAUUUUUAUAGGAAGUGCUUUUUACAAAAAAAAAGGAAGAAAAAAUUCCAGUGAGAUUGUUUAACAAUGAACAUUUCAGAAUUGUUUUGUUUUGUUCAUGUUUAAAAAUUUACUUUUAUUUUGGAGCUCGUUCCCCACUGUCAGUUGGCUGACGCCCAUUUGGGAACUAUUGUUUGGACGUCAAGGUUUUGGAAAUUGAGAAGUUUUUUUAGAAGACUAAAAUUGGGGGUGGGAGGAAAGGGGUUGGCAAAGACAUUUUUGGAAGCAGACCCUUUGGGGGAAUUUUGAAAAUGGUAGUUUUCUCGCCAAGUAAAUUAUUGCCUAGAUGGUUCUGUAGUGGAAAUCUCAAAUGUUUUUUCUGAAACAUAUUUCUUUAAAGACAGCUUUGAAAGGAAACCACUUGGUUGCUAUAUUAAAAAAAAAAAGUCAAGAACAUUUAUUAUGCCUGAACAGGAAAUAUGAAACCAUAUAGGAGCCACGGGACCACGUGAGCUCGCCCCGCCUCCGGCGUCCCUGUGCAUGCCAGCCUGGCCCUUUUGUUCUUGCCUUCCCAUGUUGAGCAGUGAAGGUCUGAAGGGGGGCUACUUAGUCAUCUUCACUUGAAUAUGAGCAGAACCCUCCAUGUGGUCAGAAUUGCCAGUGUGGUGUAGUGGUUAGAAUCGAGCAAACAGAGGAGGGAAAGCACCAAGAUUGGUGGGACUAAAAGGAGGCAACCUCCAGGACAACUUGUAAUAAGUUGUUUAUUCAACUCAGCUGUUUGUUUAGCUCAGUGUGACAUUUUACAGUUUUUGAGUUAUUUUGAAAUAGUUCAUUUUUGAAAUAGUUCCUUUCGAGUGUACAAGAUUAAGCCUUUCCCAGAUUUAAAAAACCAAACAAAGUUCACAGCUCCUGACAAACAAGGCAUAUCUCUGAAAUGCAUUGAGCUACAUCUGUGGUAAACAAACAGCUUAUUAGGAAAAGCUCAAGUGCUUGUCUCUUUCUUGUUCCACCAUCGUGGUUAGAGUAUUGGACUAGGACCUGGAGACUAGGGUUGAUAUCCUCCCACUCUGCCAUGGAGCUUUCUAGAUGACCUUGGGCCAAUCACAGUCCCUCAGACUAACCUACUUCACUGGGUUGUGGUGAGCAUAACUCCUUGGAGAAAAAGCGGGAUUUAAAUGUCAUAAUAAAUGAAUAAAUAAAUAAAUAGCAGGGUUUCUGGCUGCACAGAGGCUUCUACUCAUGUUCAAGCAAGCACAGAUAGAAGCCCCCAUUAGAGUUUCCCUGUUCAAGAUAGGUAGGUUGGGGUCAGAAAGGCUGGGGCAGGUUGAUAUUUCCUGAACACAGAUAAUGAGAGAGAAUAUAAGAAGUUCUAAUCAGUCAAUCAGCUGAUUUCUGUACAGCAGGAGUCGCCAACCGUUUGGGGCCAAUAGGCACUUUUGGAAUUUUGUGAAAGUGCCAUGGGUGCCAGUCACAACAUGGCUGCCAUGGGGGUGUGGCACAAUACAAAAUGGCCACCAUAGGGGUAUGUGGGAGAGGUUGAGCCAGCACAAACAGGAACUGAGCAGGAAGAGCAGUCUCUCGUGCAUUUUGGAUGUUUGAGGGGAUAUUUACUGAGACUUUCAUGAGCACCAUAGGUGGUACUGGUAAGCUCACUAGCAUCCAUGAUGCCACAUGGAUCACCCCUACUGCAGAGGGUGGGAAAUGUACUUACUAAAGAUCCAGCAAUUUGUAUAUUAUGUUAAUUCAACAGAUCUGGCAACUCACCAUCCACUUACACCGGGGGGCCUUGAGUCUAAGCCAGUCUUUCAGCCAUCACAUGACUAACGGAUCCAUUGUUGGAACCAGUGUGCACUGCCCAAUAUGUGUCACUAGCAGUGGCGGCUGGUGGCUCCAUGUCAAUGGGGCAAUGGAAUCCGCUCCAAAUUUUAGCACCUUGGACAGCUCCUUGAAAGUUUAGACUAAAAACCCAGAGCAGAUUGCACUGCCCCAUGGAUGUGGAGCCACCACCGGUCACUAGUUUCACAGUGUUGGUACAGGAAUUCCUAGGAGAAAACGUAGCUGACAUUCCCAGAAGCGCUUCCCUUGCUUGUGGCUAUUUCCUAAAGCACCAAAUUUAGAUCCAAGGAAGAUUUGCUCCUAGUUUUCAGUAAGGCAGUGUACCUUGUAUCCCGGCUGUGGUUCCUGUUUUUGUGUGUGUGUGUUUGUGUGUGUUCGUCAUAUGACUGAGUGCUCCUCUGUAUAAAAAAACAUUCCCUCCACAUAGAAAAUAAGAUAUCAGAGGAAAGGAUUCUGGCCAUGCCUUCUUCCUCACAUGCUAGCUUUCUGUGUGCAAGGAGUUUGUUUAGUUUUAGUUAAAGGAGCAUUCCAUCAUGUGAACCCCCACUUGCAGCUUGAAAUGGUAUACCGCUGACACAAGUGCCCAUUGGGACUAGUAGGGCAGAAGGCAGAGAGGCCAACAGGAGGUGAAGCUGGAGCCAGUGACAUCCAGAGCCACCUCCUGACUGGUUACAAGUGGGCAGAGGGUGUUGGGGCAGUGCCCCAUUUGCCCUGCUGGACCAGCUUCCCAUGCCUGACCCUGGCUUACCACCUAAGUGAGGACUAGGCUGGUGUGUGGAAACAUUCUUAUAGGGCGAUUCUUCAUCUCAGUGCCAGGUCAGAAAAAAGCCAUCCAUUUCCCCUUGCCUCAGCUAGGCAGAAAGGUGUCAAAGGGCUAGCGUGGGCCCAAUCCUCCUGGCCCAAUCCUACUAUCAUCCAUCAUUGUCAGAUGCUCAGUCUGCUCAGUGCAGACAUGCUCCUUACACGUGGUUAGUGUGAUUCAUGGCUUGUUGCCUUCACCAUGGUAGCGAUCCCAAACCCACAUGAAAACCCUGGUUUAGCUUGCCAACCUGAGCCCUCUUCUUAGAGAGAGCCUGCAGAGCAGAUGUGGGAAACCUGUGGCCCGCCAGAUGUUCCCAAAUUUCAACUCCCAUCAGCCCUAGCAAGCAUGCCCAAUGACCAUGGAUGAUGGGAGUUGUAUUUCAGCAGCAUCUGGAGGGCCAGAGGUCCCUCACCCCUGAUAUUGCCUGGAAGAGCCAGGCAAGACCUGCUAGUCACAUUGCAAGCAUGAAGGUUGGGCAGGUGAGGGAAUGCCCACCUUUUGCUCAGUGCAGAUGUGGCACGUGAUGAAAAUGUACCAUGGUUAUGAGUUUGUGUCUGCCUAGGGCCUCUGUUGCUUGGGAUGAAGGUGAUAUAUAGGACAAGGAGGCAUUACUGGUUCUGGACCCAGGGUGACUACUUUAUGGCUUUCCAGAUGUUGUUGGACUCUUCAGCUCCUACCAGCCCCAGCCAGCAUGGCCAAUAGUUAGGGAUGAUGUAGUUCAGCAAUUUGUGGAGGGCCAAAGGUUGGAUAGACACCUCUGGAUUAGGCUUUUCUUCGUAACACUCCAUGUUAGGGAACACUUCUGGGAUUGAGGUUGGCUACGGUGUUUGCCUGGGGAGAUACUUUAAGGCAGGGGUAAGCCAGCUUGGUACUUGUGGAGCUAUAACUCCCAUCAGCCAUCGCCAGCCUAGCGAAUGGUCAGGGAAGAUGAGACUUGCAAUCUAAUAACAUUUGAAGGGCACCACAUUGGCCAACCCAAUGCUCUUAACCCAAGGCCAACCCAAGGGCCUUAACAGCCUCCGUCAUAAAUUGAAGAAAACGGUUCACCUCUCUGUCUGCUAUGUAGCUGACAUUUGGGUGUGGAAACAAACUUGUGUAAUUCAGUUCUUACUUUGAUUUUCAUUUCUAAAAAGGGCUGUAGUCUGUUGGGGGAGAACAAGAGAACAACCCAACCUCUCGUGACAGAGGGUGGUAUUCAGUGCUUGUCCUACUCAGAGUAGACCCAUUGAAGUUAAUAGACAUGACUAACUUACGCUUCAGUGGGUUUACUCUGAGGAAGGCUUAGUUGAAUACACCCCAGAAUCUGUUUCUAGUAAGGCUUUGUAUACAGAGUCACACAAACAGCUUGUGAGAUAAUCGAGGCACGGAUCUUGUAUGUUCAGGCUUGUUUCCCAUUACACACUUGCAAGGCAAGAAUGUGCUGUUUGUUAGCAUAUAUCAUGCAGUGAUGGUCCCGUACAUCUUGUACAAAAGUCUGCUUUGUGAUGGAAUGGUGGGGAAGUGUAGCCUCUCCCCAAAUAUCAAUCCCAUGUAACUUUUACGAAUGACACUGGUGUAGUUAUGCCAGCCUUCCCCAACCUGGUGUCCUCCAGAUGUUUUGGACUAUGGCUGUUAUGGCUGAUGGGAGUUGUGGUCCAGAAUAUCUGAAGGCCACAAGGUUGGGGAAAACUCAGUUAUACCAACCCUUAUGUAUCUGGGAAAAGAAGUCAAUUAGGGGCCUCUGAAGCUUAAAAAACACUGGUCUGUCUACUAAUAAUCAGGUUGCCAAAUCUUAGGGUUUGAACUGAAGAUAGCAAUUUCCUGAGGGUCUUUAGGAGAAAGAACAGAAUAUCAAAUGAGGAGCCAAAAUCUAGGAGGGCAGCAAGCUAUUUUAUUGUUGAGCGCUGUUGGCAUUCACACACACGUCCAUCAGGAUGCAUCCUGAGGCACCAGGCCAAACUUUCCCUUAACCAGCCAAAAUGCCAUUGUCUGUCCCACCAGGCUCCACCCAUAACCCGAGAGGUUCCACCCCUUAACCCCUAGACCAGCCUUUCCCAACUAGUGGGCCACCAGAUGUUGUUGGACCACAAUUCCCAUCUUU